AUGCCCAGAUCCUUUCUUGUGGAUUCCUUGAUUUUAAGGGAGGCCAACGACAAAGGAAGCGAGAACAACGCACCUUUAUUCCCGUACGCCGUGCACUCCGCGCACCACCCGCACGCGCUGCCGGGCUCCUGCCACUCCAGGAAAGCCGGGCUGCUGUGCUUCUGCCCGCUGUGCAUGACCGCGUCCCAGCUUCACCCGUCUCCACCGGCACUGCCGCUCCUCAAGGCUUCCUUUCCUCCCUUCAGCUCACAGUACUGUCACUCAGCGCUGUCCAGGCAACACUCUUCAUCCAACAGCGUCAACCUCAGCCACGCACCGGGGAUUUACCAAGCUGCGUACUCGGUGCCAGACCCACGGCAGUUCCACUGCAUCUCCAUCGAAAACAGCAACAGCAAACUUCAGAGCAGCAAGCGCAUGCGCACCGCCUUCACGAGCACACAACUUUUGGAGCUGGAACGCGAGUUCACCUCUAACAUGUACCUCUCCAGACUGAGGCGCAUCGAGAUCGCCACGUACCUGAACUUGUCCGAGAAACAGGUGAAAAUCUGGUUCCAGAACCGCAGGGUGAAGCACAAAAAGGAGGGCAAGAGCAGCGGCCAGCGGACUGGGGGAAUUGGCAAGAGCAGCGGCCAGCGGACUGGGUCACAUAACUGCAAAUGCUCGUCCCUGUCCACGGCGAGAUGCUCGGAGGAAGAGGAGGAUGACAUUCCCGUAUCCCCGUCCUCUUCAGAGAAGGAGGAUGCAGAUCUGUCCGUCUCGCCCUGAAAGACUUUGGUCCUCCUGAUUUUGAAAGCAGCCAAAAAAAAAAGAGAGAGACUGUUCCUCUUGAGUUCAGAUGCCUGUACAUAGACAGAGAAUAUUUAAUCAGGGGAAUUGUCACCCUGAGUCAUUGUAUAGAUGUAUACAUGUUGUACGUUUUGUAUGUAGUUUUUUUCUGAAAACGGUCAAUUUGUUGUUGCCAGUAUCAUGAGUAUGAGAGGCAUAUUUGUGAAACCCAAAAGCCAAAUGACGGAGAACAAUACCAACGUUGUUUAUUUGUAUUUUGGGGAAGGACAGUAUUUUGUAUACACAGUGAAUACUGCUUAUAGAGUCAUUCUAUGUGGAUGGAACUGUUACUUAAAUAUGGAAAACUGAAGAAAGGCAGACAAUUGCUGAGACCACUCUGGAAUUAUAUCUUCAGUGUAAUUGAAAAAUAUUUAUUUAUUUAAAAAUGUUGAUACUUAAAUAAAAAAAUAUU